GCGAUGCAGAUAACGGACCAUAUCAUUUUACGAGUGGUUUAAGAGCUUACAAAGUCUACCGUUGCUCAUUGGAUAUUUGUAUUUCGUAAGCGUUCGAUAUGUGUAUAUACCAAUAUUCCGGAUGAUUCGACAAGCUGAGAUAUAUGGAGUAAUUUGGAAUGAUAUAAAAUUAUAGCUUAGUGAAAUGUGGUAAAGAACAUUAUGGCUACAGGCUAUCGGCGAAGAUACGAGUAUCCAAUUGGAAAUUUCGAAGAAACGGAUACGGAUACGGAAUACUCUGAUUGCGACGAUUUCGUUUGUUCAGACUCUGGAAGAAGGUUGGAUGCCACGAUAUUUAACGAUUGGGAAAAUUUGUUCAAAUCUCAGAGAUCUGAAGAAAAUGAUCAGGCAGGAAAACUACUCUGUGAAAUACAAACUGAUGAAAAUAUAGCGAAGAUUUUUGGCGAAAUACGACAAAAAUAUAAAUCAACAGAUGUUAAAUGGAGUUCGUCAAAUAUUGACGAAAAGAAAGAUCAAGAAGCAGCCAGCCUCUUAAAUAGCGCUUUUGAAUCCCUUACAAUAGAUGACGAAAAAAGCGAAAGUAGUGAGGGCUGUUCAUCUUGUUCUGAAUCAAUGCCUGUGCUGGAUGUUUCACAGUUUAAAAAGGGACAACACAUUUCAAUGCCAGGUAAAUUCGGAGCAAUUUAUCAGCACCAUGCGAUUGUCUGCGACGUUAAAAGUACGUCAGGGACAGAAGCUGAAUUGGAGCUUAUACAUUUUAUGAAAAAAGAAAACAGCAUUAAGAUUUGCAAGGAGAUAAAAACAUACGACCUUAAAAACAAACAAAUUAAUUUAAAACACUACAUAAAGCAAAGGUACGAUGACCAUUUGAUCAUCAGUCGGGCAGAGACAGUUUUGCAGGAUUUUAAAAUGUCCAAGUUUGAGAAAUACAAUUUUUUAUUAUUAAACUGUGAGCACUUUGCAACUUGGUGUGUAAAUGGUGAAGAAGAAUGUUUUCAGGUACAAGGGGCUUUGCAAAUGAUUGUCGACUCUCUCUCGAAUGCACUUGGUGUUGGUAGUCGAUUGGUAAAGGCGGUUCAACAACUGGUCAUUAUGAGUACAGAUGAGAUCGCCAAGUCAAUAUGGUCAUCGAUUGUUCCAGAAAUUGUUCUCGGGGCAACUGCGGAUGUGAACGAAGAGGCACAAACCGCAAAAGUCAUCUGCAUUCAUUAUGGUCUUCCUAAGUUGUUAGCAAAGAGAAAAAUUGUUGAGGAAGAAUUUGAAAUGAAUCUGGCUAAAUCAGCAUGGUACAAAUUUGACGUAGAUGAUACAACAUCUUAUUCAAGAGAAAAAAGGCUUAGUCGUGCAAAGGAAAGGGUAGGUGAGAAACGAUGGAGUACAACAAACCGUUCAGACAACUUUUGUCAUUGGGCAGUAGUUCCGAACGUGCGUUGGGAUGACUAUGCUUUGGGAGAGGUCACCGUCAAAGAAAAGAAGAACAAAUCUGUUGAACCUUUUUUGAAUACAAGUCCAGUGUACAUAGCUGAAGAGCUGAGAUUAGGCGAUGUUGUAGACUAUAAAGAAACAGGUAUACUGAACACAAUGUGGCUUAAACACUUUGGAAAGACUGCUUCAGAUAGUAAAGAAGAGACAGUGAACCCGACUCUAGAACAGACUGUUCUACAGGCUUAA